GAAUAUUUUUAUUUAGUUAACACCAAAAGAACAUGCUGACACUAUCUCAUGUUAACGUUGUUGUUCACACUCAAAAGCUCAAACAUUGCUCCUCCUCUGUUAUUGCGCUUCUUCACUCUCGUUCUUCAUCUUCCACUGCAGAUCCCACCAAUUUUCAAAACCUCGCUGCACUCUUACAAGGCCAUCUUUCUGUUCCUCAUCUUCUUCAAAUCCAUGCACGCAUUUUCCAAGUUGGUGCACACCAAGACAAUCUAAUAGCUACCCGUCUCAUUGGCCACUACCCAUCUCGAAUUGCACUCAGAGUCUUUCACCAACUCCAAAAUCCAAACAUCUUCCCUUUCAAUGCCAUCAUUAGAAUCCUUGCUGAACAAGGUCACUUCUUUCAUGUUUUUUCCCUCUUCAACUGUUUGAAACGCCGCUCACUUUUUCCCAAUGACUUGACAUUAUCUUUCCUCUUGAAGGCAUGCUUUAAGUCUAAAGAUACCCAUUGUGUUGAACAGGUUCAUGCCCACAUUCUGAAGAUGGGUUACCUCUCUGACACUUUUGUGACCAAUGGGUUGGUUGCUGUGUAUGCCAAAGGUUUUAACAAUUUGGUAUCUGCACGUAAAGUGUUUGAUGAAAUUCCUGACAAAAGUGCAGUUAGCUGUUGGACUUCCUUGAUCACUGGUUAUGCUCAGUCUGGUCAGAGUGAGGAGGUUUUACAGGUUUUUCAUGCGAUGAUCAGGCAGAACAUGUGUCCGCAAAACGAUACUAUGGUCAGUGUUUUAUCAGCUUGUUCUAGCCUUCAGAUACCAAAAAUUGAGAAAUGGGUUUACAUUCUUUCAGAACUGAUUGAUGAUAGCAUUAGUGCUAGAGAAACUUGGCAUGAUUCAGUUAACACAGUUUUAGUUUUUUUGUUUGGUAAGUGGGGGAACGUUGAGAAGAGUAGAGAAAAGUUUGAGCAAAUUUCUGCAGCAGGAAAAAGAGGCGUGGUUCCUUGGAAUGCUAUGAUAAGUGCAUACGUUCAAAAUGGUUGCCCUUUGGAGGGUUUAAAUCUUUUCCGUGCUAUGGUUGAAGAACAAACCAGCAGACCUAACCACAUUACAAUGGUUAGUGUGCUUUCAGCUUGUGCUCAAAUUGGUGAUUUGAGUCUUGGUUGUUGGGUUCACGAGUACCUAAUAUCUAUAGGACAUAAAGGUACCAUUGGGUCAAAUCAAAUUCUCGCCACAUCUUUAAUUGACAUGUAUUCUAAAUGUGGUAGUUUGGAUAGGGCAAAGGAAGUUUUCGAGCAUGCGAUCUCCAAAGAUGUUGUCUUAUUCAAUGCAAUGAUCAUGGGUCUUGCGGUAAACGGUGAAGGAGAGGAUGCAUUAAGGCUUUUCUACAAAAUGACAGAAUAUGGCUUGCAACCCAAUGCUGGAACAUUUCUUGGUGCUUUAAGUGCAUGCAGUCACUCUGGUUUGUUGGAGAAAGGGCGCCAAAUGUUCAGAGAUGUGAGCCUUUCCGCUUAUCUUAAAUUGGAACAUUAUGCUUGUUAUAUUGAUCUCCUUGCAAGAGUGGGAUGUAUAGAAGAAGCUAUCGAGGUUGUGAUUUCCAUGCCUUUCGAGCCAAACAAUUUUGUCUGGGGUGCUCUACUUGGAGGUUGCUUGCUUCACUCUAGAGUUGAGUUGGCUCAAGAGGUUUCGAAGAGGCUUGUUCAAAUUGAUCCAAACAACUCUGCAGGUUAUGUUAUGUUGGCUAAUGCACUUGCAUCUGACAGUCAAUGGAGUGAUGUAUCAGCACUGCGGUUGGAAAUGAGAGAGAAGGGGAUCAAGAAGCAGCCAGGAAGUAGUUGGAUUAGUGUGGAUGGAGUUGUACAUGAAUUUCUAGUUGGCUGCUUGUCACAUCCUCAAAUGGACAGCAUAUAUUAUACAUUGACUGGAUUGGUGAAGCAUAUGAAAGCAGAGAGCCAUUGUCAGCUUGUGUGUUGUUACUAGAUAUGCUGUGAUUACAGGAAGAGAAUGUCACACUGGUAAUUUUUUUGCCUAUGCCUUCCCAUGGCUUUUAUAAUUAGAGAAUGUGUAAGUAAUUUAUUGAUUAAAUCUCAUAUUUCAUAUAUGAUAAAUGAUAAAGGAUUCCCAUCAAAUAAAUUAUCAUGUGACAAAGUUGUUGUAAAAACUUAGCAAUAAAACAAUCUCUGACAAAGCUUAAUGCAUUAUUCUACUAUUCUUUUUGGUUGUUA